GAGUUCGACUGCAAGUAGUGACGAAACGGUAUCUCGAUUAAAGUCUACACCGAUCAUUUCUCGAAUAUUGAGAUAAGUUUCGAUUGUUUACUGUGUAAUGAAUUUCUCCAGCGAGUGGUUGUUUCGUGGUGGUUUUACGACGUGAAGGAUAAUAAAAUAAGUUUCCUGAAAGAAGGGAGACCAACGAAAUGAGGCGUAGUGAAAAAUAGCCCGCGGUGUGUUUAGUACGUAUUAUUUCAUAAAAUGGGUAAACCGAAUGGACCUUGCUGGUGGUGUUUGAAGGCCGUCAAAUGGAUACCCGUUAUCUUUAUCCUGACCGUCGUCUUCUGGUCGUAUUAUGCUUAUGUGGUGCAACUCUGUUAUUAUGCAAUCGAGAGUUAUGUUCAGAAAGCCUUUUACCUAUUUUUCUUCCACAUCUUGUUUCUACUAUUCCUUUGGUCGUACUGGCAAACAGUUUUCACGGAUCUUGGACGAGUGCCGGACAAGUUUCGAAUACCUUCUACGGAAAUGGAAAAACUCCAGCAACCCAUAAGUGAAGAAGCUCAAAGGCAAAUUUUAGAGCAAUUUGCUCAAGAUCUUCCUAUUACUAAUCGCACGAUCAAAGGAGCGAUCCGCUUCUGCGAGAUGUGUCAAUUAAUAAAACCAGACCGGGCCCACCAUUGCAGCGUGUGCGGAACGUGUGUCCUAAAAAUGGACCAUCACUGUCCGUGGGUGAACAACUGCGUGGGCUUCCAUAAUUACAAGUUUUUCAUGUUGUUCCUGGCUUACGCUCUUCUUUACUGCAUGUUUAUUGCUGGCACUUCUUUGGAGUAUUUUGUAAGAUUCUGGAAGGGUCAGUUGGACGGAGUGGGAAAGUUCCAUUUACUCUUCUUGUUCUGUGUUGCGCUGAUGUUUGCAGUUAGUCUCACCUCUCUUUUCUUCUAUCAUUGCUACCUCAUUCUGCAUAACAGAUCAACACUGGAAGCAUUCAGACCGCCUAUGUUUCGAACUGGAAAAGAUAAAGAUGGCUUUAGUCUGGGAAGAUACAAUAAUUUCCAGGAGGUAUUUGGCGACAAUUCGCGGCUCUGGUUCCUUCCUGUUUUCACUAGUCUUGGGGAUGGAAAUGUCUACCCUGUACGGUCGCAGCAUCAGGUUGGCUCAAACACUUACAACUCCAUGGGCAGUACUCAGAACAGCUUUGGAGACGGGGUUACCUUCCCUGAGCGGCUAUGCGAUGAAGAUACCCACACUUUACUCGGCGAACCACAACGGUGGGGGGAUGAGGCAGAACUCGACUCCCCACCACUAUCUGGCUCUCGUUCAGAUAUGGUAUUAUGGCUCUUGGUAGUUAGCACUGCUGUCGUAGGGAAUCCAGGAAAUGAUGUGAUCGAACCACUUGUGGAUGCGGAAAAAGCUGUUUGACAAUGGCUCAUACCUUCCUUCAAUAAACCUUUGAAAAUAAGCAAGCAGAGCCGAAUCAGCGUAAAUGUAGCUAAUUACCAACAGUUUCAAUUUCAACCAUAUUGAAACAUUCACAGAAAAAUACACAAUAGCUUGGAUUGUAAAAUAUUGCAGUUUGUUGAUGAAACAUGUGGGGUAAUUCACAGAGAGUAUCAAACAAAUUUCUCACGUGAAUUUCAUUUACUGUCUAUAAAAUAUGCUAUUUUAUUAUAUUGAUUGUAAUUUUUAGCGGCAUUGCUUCUACAGUGGACACUUUUUCGCAUGCAUUGCAGUCGCUUAAUUUCGUUCACUUACUGUCAUACAACAAACGUAUGAAUUACGGAAUCGUAGGAUGACACUCGAUUUGUUGAUGCUAUAUUACUUCAAUUUUUGAAUGAUACACGCCCAUAGUAAAAUAGUAAAAAACUUGCAGGGCUUUUAUAAAUCAAAGAAUCGAGCUGUAAAAGGCUCUAUGGAACUUUAUAAGCAUUUUUUCAAAGUAACUAAUAUUUUUUCGCAAACUUAGUAUCCUCUAAAGGCAUUUCUCGGUAGAUAAAAUUUUUUUUUGCAGUCUUAACUUAUUUGUCUGGAAUCUUUUCUGGUUAUAGUCAGUGUUAAUUAGCAAUAAGGAUAUCAUGUUCUGCGUAACAAAAUAUUACUGUUUUCAUUUAAGAAAAGCAAUAUGUAAUUUCCGUAUUUUCUAAAUAUGCCGCAUAAUAUUCAGCGUGUUAAUUCAUUAAGAAGAAACAAAGUGCUUCUUUCCCGCAUUCAUA